UAACAACACAAAUUCAAACAUCACAAAAAAUAUUUACAUAAACAUUAUAAUACAAUAAUUUAAUCAAAAAAUACAAUUCAAAAAAAAUAUUCAAAAGAAUAGUUAUAUACUUAAUAUUUGAAAAUCAAAGAUAUUUUUGCUAAAAUUGUACUUACCUGGCCAAGGAGAUCGACCAUCUUUUUACGGAUCGAUCGAUUGUUGAGCAUGUAGUCGAUCCGAAAAAGCUCUGCAGUUUAAUUACUUUGUGCAGAAGCCUUUGCUAACUGGAUCGCUCCUCCGUGCCCGUUCUAUUGGUAUAAUGCCUCCUUGAUCAAGUGACAAUCAUUAAAACCCAAAAUUCUGUAUUUUGCUCUGUGUGUAGCACGUUAGUAAACCAUGGAAUCAACUUGCAGUGUGAAAACAUUGAUUCAAAGUCACUGUGAAGUUCAUGGAUAGUUGUUAUCAGGCCAAGAAGCUUUAUAAUCAAGUACGAAGCCGUGGAUAAAAGUAACUCGGUAUGUAAGUUUUCUCCAUAUCUUAAUAAUUAUUUCACCUAUAUAUAUACAUAAAUACUCCAGUUUCUUUCACGAACCGAACUUCUUAGGUGAAUCCUCAGGUGUUAACGACGAUAACAACUCCGAUAUGAUAUACUACUAUAUGUCCAGAAGAAGCAUUCAACAACAAAACCAAACGAUGCAGCAGCAGCAUCAACUGUCUCCGUCAGGACUUGGAGCAACACCUAGCCUCGCAGGCGUGAUGCAGUUUGCGCACUUUGGUCUGAAACUGGCGUUGAACCAGACCAGAAACCAAGAUGAUCAAGAAACCGGGAUGGACCCAGUUUAUUUCUUGAAGUUACAAGUCUUAAAUGAUAAGAUAGAGGAUCAUAACCAAAUCCAUAAUCUCAUGUCUCAAGCAGGAGGUGAGUGUGAAGGAAACAUAGUCAACGUGUUUCUUGAAGAAAAGGAGAAUCAAGAGGAUGAAAACGACAAUAGCUCCGUGCAACUCCGUUUUACUGGAGGAGAAGAAGAAGGAGAUAGAGAGAACAAGAAUGACUUGACAAAGGAGUUAAAGAGCAAGAAGAAGAGAACAAGAACAAGCAAGACAAGUGAAGAAGUAGAAAGCCAACGAACGAUUUAUAUCGCAGUCGUUAAAGGAACUGUAUGAAGAAAAUGAACAAGCAUCUUCAUGUCCUCAGGUCUCUUAUGCCUGGAUCCUACGUUCAAAGGGCACCCUAAUAACGUAUAUACUUCUUUUUUGUAUUCAUAUAUCUUAAAACAUUUUUUAGUAUGCACGUAUAUAACAUGGAGAUCAAGCUUUGAUCAUAGGUGGAGCAAUAGAGUUUGUGAGAGAGUUGUAGCAACUUCUACAAUGCCUAGAGUCACAAAAGCGUCAGAUAAUCCUCGGAGAAACCGGUAAUAGGCAAAUUGGGAACAUGACCACGGCAAUGACUUCUUCUUCAUCGAUAACUUCAGUUGCUAACCCGCUAAUUAUUAGUGGAAAUUUAAUUGAACUAGAGGGUGGAGGAGGAGGGCUCCAGGAAGAAACAGCAGAGAACAAGCCGUGCUUGGCUGAUGUGGAGGUGGAGCUGCUGGGUUUGAUGCCAUGAUCAAGAAGAAGACCAAGACAACUGAUUAAGACUAUUGCUGCGGAUCUUCAAGAUGCAUGAUUAACAUUUUCCAUGAUUUUUAGUUUGCUAAACUCUGUUUCAAAUUUUCCCGUUUCAAUAAUUAAUCUCCUUUUCCAUAAGUUGCAUACUUAGCUAUUAGAAGCUUACGUGAAAACAUCAUCAAAGAUAACAAAUUAAAUAUUAAAAACAACAAAUAUUUACCAUAUAUACAGUGAUAUAUGAUACACUAAGAAAACAUAUUCACGAAAAUGAUAUUGAAAGCUAUCUCUGCAAUAAGUACAAUAAUACAUUAAAGAUUACUUGACAGACUGCUUGACAGACAAGUUAUUACUACAAACACACAAACAUAGCUAAAAAGACAUAUACUAAUUUUACGGCAACAAGUCCACAUAUGAUUUACAAACCCAAACAAACGUAGCUUACAAUAGAUAGUUUAAGACAAAUAAUAAGUAAAUAACUCUUAAUUGGCGGUCGCUUCUUAAUAGCAUUGACACAACCUAUGGGUAAAAAAUAUUGACAUUCUCUUGAACACGAUUAUACAAACCCUACAUGGUCCUUCAGCCACAAGGCAACCAAGGUUGUCUUAUACUCAAAACUAUUAUAUCUUCCUUCAAAAUUAUAGCACGCAAUCAUGCUGACUUCAUUUUAUUAUUGAACACAUUCACAAAAUACCAAUCCAACUAAAAUAUCUAACAAUGUGAAAUUCACAACUUAUUUGUAAUAUCCCAUAAAAUAAAACAAUAAAAUCAAUAGGAAAAAAAUCUCAUAACAAACAAUGAUUUCACAAUUCUGUUCAAAAAGAAAUAACACAAUGUUUAAAUUAUGUGUAGCGUGGACGAGUCCUAGGCCAUAACAGUCCUAGGCGGUGAUCUAUAUAAUUAUAUAACUGUAUAUUUUCAUUUAUUUUCACAUUAUCUAAAUCAAUAGGUUUAAAAAUGUAUAAAAAUAUCAAUGCAUUCAAAAACAAAUAUAUAAGAAUGAAAAAUAAUUCAUAAUUUGUAUUGAAUUUCAACUAUAAUGACAAGUAUUUUUAUUUCACUUACUUUUAUAAUAAAUAUAUAACAAACACUAAAUAUAAAAAAAAAUAAUUACAUUAAUUAAAAAAUAAAAUAUUUUUGUUAAUUUAUCAAACCUUUUAUUUCUAAUAAGAACAAAAGAAACAAUAGAAAAAAAUAUUUUUAGUUUAGAGUAAACUGCAUAUU